GCGGAAGCCAAGCAUCAACGGUGGCGUCAGAGUGACUUCCAAGAAGCUGCUGGACGUGUGCCGACGGGCAGCCGGCGACGCAGUCAACAAGCGUGGCUUCCGGGACCAGUAUCAGCUCGGGCUCCCUGUCCAUGAAGCGGUCUUCAUCGAGUGGGCCUCCCUCCCGCGGUACCGCACAAAGCUGUACGUCAUCAUUUGGUCGGUGACGGCCUCGUUUGGCGGCGCCGCCCUUGUGUUUGUCCUCUGCUGGUGCGGCAUCGUGGACAAUUAGCUGUCGCCGGAAGCCUGCAGGUGUGCCUCGUUUUGCCCAUUUUUUUUUUGUUUUUGCGGUUCGCUCGCGGUUCUGCCCUGCGUAGCUCCCGCUAGCGUGAGGCUGAAGGUGAUGCGGAAGACCUCGUUGGCAUAGCUCCACUUGUCCCGCUGCAAGAAUGACUCGUAAGAAGGCGUCACACAAGACGCGGUCGAAAGGCAGUAGUCGCAAGGGUCGGAGCAGCAACCGCCGAGGCUCCCGGCAGCGUGACGACCGCCGCAGCCACAGCAGCUCGUCGUCUCAGCUCGAUGCCGACGAGUACUCUGCAUCGCCGAGCCGCAAGGGCCGAAGCAAGGGCAAGGCGAGCCGGAAGGACCGGGGCAAGGGCAAGGCGAGCCGAAAGGACCGGGGCAAGGGCAAGGCGAGCCGAAAGGACCGGGGCAAGGGCAAGGCGAGCCGCAAGGGCCGAAGCAAAGGCAAGACCAGCCGCAAAGGCCGGAGCAAUAGCCACCGCCGCGGCCAGAGUCGUUCCGACGAGUACUCUGCAUCGCCGAGCCGCAAAAGCAAGUCAAGCCGCAAGGGCAAGCCGAAGGGCGAGGGCAAGGGCAAGGGCAAGACGAACAGCAAGCUGUGGUCGACUCAUUCUAGCGAGUCGAGCUCGAGGCCCAGCAAGCGACGCAAGUCACGGGCGGCAGCGUCAUCGUCCGACUACGACGGGACGGAUUCGGCCACCGCUACGCGGUACACAGUGGAUUCGUGUGACUCGGACGCCGGUCCGACUUCCCUGGAGUCGUAUUCGUCGGGCUCGUCGUACUCGACCCAGUGGGCGUGUUUCCGCAAGCGACGCGGGUUGCACAGUACCUCUGAUGGCAAGGGCAGCACCAAGGCUGCGUGCAGCGGAUGGUGCGCAGAGUGGGGCAAGUGGAGCCGGCUGCCGUGUGUGACUUGCCUCCUUGUGUUUGGGCGCUUUGCGCUUGCAGCUGUUCUCUUUGUGGCUGCGUACUACUCUGGCAACCCCGUGAUUCCUCUCGUUCUCGGCAUGGUCUACUUUUUGCUUUGCGACCCCUUUGUAGCGGUACUCUCAGUGAUGGGGCUCACUAAGAUCAAUAUCCUCGUCGACGAUUUCGACGAUCGAGAGUGGGAGAUUGUGACGUGGGCAACCAUUGCGGCCAUUAUCGCUGCCUGCUUUUUCACCUCGGCUGCAGGCGUGUUUGUGGCCGAGCUCGGCUCGCUGGACAACAUGGACAACCACUGGAUCGGCCCUGUGCCGGCGACACGGUCGGCACAGCUUGCUGCUCUUUCGGCCAAGCGGUUCUUUGAGUUUACCGACUACGAGAUGCCGAUCGCAGUGACCGGCUACCACAUUUCGCACAGCUUCAAAAAGACAGGCUUGAUCACGCCAGAGGAGCUGCCGGUGAUGGUGACCCCGGUGACAUCGCCCAACGGGACCGAAGUCAACGUGUGGGCGUGCGCGUGCGCAAAGCCGCGGUCAUACGGCUGCCGGCGCUUCCCGGCUGUCGAUGUGACAUCGGGAGAUCGACAGGCUGCAUGGCGCAAGCCGCACAUCCGCGGCGGGGUGCGGGUCAAGUCGCGGGCGAUCGUCGACUUUUGCCAGCGCGCGGCCAACGAGGCCAUCGGCAAGGACGAGUUCAAGGCGCGAUACACGGUCGGAGUCGAGGCCCGGCAGGCGGUUUUUGUCGAGUGGGCCGCCUUUGACCCGUACCGCACCGAGCUCACCGUCAUCAUCAGCACCAUCAUCACUGUCACUCCAGUCUGCGUCGCCGUCUCCGAGUCACCCACCGCCAUGACCGAGGUCCACGUCGACAACGCGGCACCAUGGUCGACCGAGCUGACGCGCGAGCUAAGCAGAUGGCGGGCAAGUGUGGAUGAGGAGGAUGAGGCCGCGGGCCGCAUGCUGCAUGCGGUCGAAUACGCGGCAUAUGCAUUGUAUGCCACCCAGCGGUGGCGCGGGGUGACGGCGGUGGCGCGGGCGCUGACCGAAGCCAGUGUAGCGGCAAUGAGCCCGACGGUGCAGCGCGAGAUCGAGGACGCUCUUGGGUGCAAGGUGGGUGAUCGCGGCGAGUUGUGGAUGCUGCUAGCGACCGAUGUGCUCACCGACAAGGUAUUCUCCAUGGUGGUGAUACUGGACGAUGUGGCGGUGUCGGGUGGGACGCUAGCCUGGCUGGCGACCUACGCGCGAGUUCCGACCACCCACGGGCUGGUGGGCGUCGUCAUGGCGCCGACGGGUUUCUUCAACACCUUUGAGAUUACGGCAGGCCUCCCGAACGUGUAA